AUGCAAGUACAGACUCCAAUGUCUCCCCAAAUACACGAAGUAGAACCGUUGUUCCAUCCUCGGCCUCCCAGCGUUCUCGGCAAGCGCAUCACGCCCGAACUAGCUGACGAGUUCUCUUCGAACUUAACGGCAAAAACCCUUGAGAAAGCCGGUCAAUCAAACCGAGCUUCCCUGGGACGGACGAUUCCGUGGCUCGAAGUCCGCUGCGGGCACGCCUCGGCCAAAACGGAGCUUUCCAUGGAUGCAGGCGGCUAUAUCACUGCGAUGGCUGGUGUUCAUAUGGCUGGUGGACUGGAUGGCAAGAUGGAGCACACCGUGGCGUAUAUCCGCUGUCACACUCACUGCAGACUCACACUGCAGAAUGCCUUUGUCGAGAACGUCAACGAGGAGCUGUGCAGCCCGUCAAACAAGCGCAUCGGCGCAAUAUCUACUGCUUUCCACUGCAGGUACUCCAUGGACAAGAUCUUGGAGAUGACGAACAUCGACAGGCACUUCUUAGGUAAGCCGGAUCCUCUUUUCAUGAUGGAGCAGACCUCCCUUUUAUGCAAUCCUGCGGUGCGAGCUUCGCUGCUAGGCAAGGCAGCUCGUCUUCUAGGAUAA